GGAAUGUCAGUCGGCCGGCACGUGUUGGAUAAUGUGGAGGUUAUAGGUGGAAAAAAAGAUGAAAUCUCGAAGGAAUUUUCAAUAGUUGAUAGUUUUCAAAUUUCCAAAUUUCUUCCAAAAUCAAUCAAAACCUUUCAAAAUGAUUUGCCAUUUAAUAAUAAAAUAAUUCCGUCCUAAUCGAACAUCAUCGGUCCAGUUUUUUAGCGUCGAUGAUGUGUUGCCUGCACUGUUGUUUAAAAACAAUUUCAGCAACAAUCUCGCCGACUUAAUGAUGAUCCAUUUGUUUUUGCGGCUAUUACACAGUGUGUUUCAACAGCAACCUGAAAGAUCC